AUGAGCUACGCACUACUCACUACCACUCCUAAAAAAGAAGAACAACGCACUGAUCCAUCCAAAGAAAAAAAAAUGAGCAAGACGGCGGUUAAAGAUUCAGCUACAGAGAAGACGAAGCUGAGUGAGAGCGAACAACACUACUUCAAUUCAUACGAUCACUAUGGUAUUCACGAGGAAAUGCUUCAAGAUACGGUUCGUACCUUAUCUUACAGAAACGCAAUAAUCCAAAAUAAGGAUCUCUUCAAAGACAAGAUUGUUUUAGAUGUUGGAUGCGGUACAGGUAUCCUAUCCAUGUUUGCCGCUAAGCACGGUGCCAAGCAUGUCAUCGGUGUCGAUAUGUCAAGCAUUAUCGAAAUGGCAAAAGAAUUGGUGGAACUAAACGGAUUCAGUGACAAGAUCACUUUGCUAAGAGGGAAAUUGGAGGACGUUCAUUUGCCUUUCCCUAAAGUAGAUAUCAUUAUAUCUGAAUGGAUGGGCUACUUUUUAUUAUACGAGUCCAUGAUGGACACUGUUCUUUACGCUAGAGAUCACUAUUUGGUGGAAGGAGGUUUGAUCUUCCCCGACAAGUGUUCCAUCCAUUUGGCUGGUUUGGAAGAUUCCCAAUACAAAGACGAGAAGUUGAACUAUUGGCAGGACGUUUAUGGGUUCGAUUACUCGCCAUUUGUUCCAUUGGUCUUGCACGAGCCCAUUGUUGAUACCGUGGAAAGAAACAAUGUUAACACCACUUCGGAUAAGUUGAUCGAAUUUGAUUUAAAUACAGUGAAAAUAUCGGAUCUAGCGUUCAAGAGUAAUUUCAAAUUGACCGCCAAGAGACAAGAUAUGAUUAAUGGUGUUGUCACUUGGUUCGACAUUGUUUUCCCUGCUCCAAAAGGUAAGAGACCUGUCGAAUUCUCCACUGGCCCUCAUGCUCCAUACACUCACUGGAAGCAAACAAUAUUUUAUUUCCCUGAUGAUCUAGAUGCUGAAACUGGUGACACCAUUGAAGGUGAAUUGAUUUGCUCUCCAAAUGAAAGGAAUAAUAGGGACUUAAAUAUCAAGAUCUCUUACAAGUUCCAAUCUAAUGGCAUUGACGGAAACUCAAGAAGCAGGAAGAACGAAGGUUCAUACUUAAUGCAUUGA